GGCAAAAACGUCCCCUUUUAACUCUUUCUCGGGGUUUGUGUGUGUGUGCGUGCGUGUGUGUUUGUGUGUGUGUCUGAGUGUGCGUGAGUGCAAGGAAUGAAGACGUCUUUUCGCUAGUCAUUUAUGCUCUGUUGUAUUCAACUCAUUUGUGAGCUCAUAAACCUCGACUGAGGAAGAUUACUUGAGUAAAGGCGCAAAAACCAGCUGUUCCUAAAGAGAGCUGCUAGGUACAUGCAAUUGCGAGGAGAUAAAAUGUACGCUUGCUGCUCUACAGUAACUUUGGAACAGGACCUCAACAAAAAAAUGCAUAUCUGGAUGCUGCAGACGCUAGCGUUUGCUUUAACAUCGCUAGUCCUCUCGUGGGCAGAGAGCAUCGAGUAUUAUGGGGAAAUCUGUGACAACGCGUGUCCUUGCGAGGAGAAGGACAGCAUCCUCACGGUGAGCUGUGAAAACAGAGGGAUCAUCAGCCUCUUCGAGAUCAGCCCCCCACGAUUCCCCGUCUAUCACCUCCUGUUGUCUGGGAACCUGCUGAACCGGCUCUACCCCAACCAGUUUGUCAAUUAUACCGGGGCCUCGAUCUUGCACCUGGGGAGCAACGACAUCCAGGACAUCGAGACGGGGGCCUUCCACGGGCUGCGGGGCUUGAGGAGGCUGCACCUGAACAACAACAAGCUGGAACUUUUGCGGGAUGACACUUUCCUGGGGCUGGAGAGUCUGGAGUACCUGCAAGUCGAUUACAAUUACAUCAGCGUCAUCGAGCCCAAUGCUUUCAGCAAGCUGCAUUUGCUGCAGGUGCUGAUCCUCAACGACAACCUCCUCUCCGGCCUGCCCAACAACCUUUUCCGCUUUGUGCCCUUAACUCACCUGGACUUGAGGGGGAACCGCCUGAAGCUGCUGCCCUACGCGGGCCUCUUGCAGCACAUGGACAAAGUGGUGGAGCUGCAGCUGGAGGAGAACCCCUGGAAUUGCUCUUGCGAGUUGAUCGCGCUCAAGGACUGGCUGGACAGCAUCUCCUACUCGGCUCUAGUGGGAGACGUGGUGUGCGAGACCCCUUUCCGCUUGCACGGCCGGGACCUGGACGAGGUCUCCAAGCAGGAGCUUUGCCCCCGGAGGCUCAUCUCGGAUUACGAGAUGAGGCCGCAGACGCCUCUGAGCACCACGGGCUAUUUCCACACCACCCCGGCCUCGGUCAACUCCGUGGCCACCUCCUCCUCGGCAGUGUACAAGUCCCCCCUGAAGCCCCCCAAGGGCACCCGCCAGCCCAACAAGACCCGGGUGCGCCCCACGUCCCGCCUGCCCGCCAAAGACCUGGGCUACAGCAACUACGGCCCCAGCAUUGCCUACCAGACCAAAUCCCCGGUGCCUUUGGAGUGCCCCACCGCCUGCACCUGCAACCUGCAGAUCUCCGACCUGGGCCUCAACGUCAACUGCCAGGAGAGGAAGAUCGAGAGCAUCUCGGAGCUGCAGCCCAAGCCCUACAACCCCAAGAAGAUGUACCUGACCGAGAACUACAUCGUGGUGGUGCGCAGGGCGGAUUUCCUGGAGGCCACGGGCCUGGACCUGCUGCACCUGGGCAACAACCGCAUCUCCGUCAUCCAGGACCGGGCUUUCGGGGACCUGAGCAACCUGCGCCGGCUCUACCUGAACGGGAACCGCCUGGAGCGGCUGAGCCCGGAGCUCUUCCAGGGCCUACAGAGCCUGCAGUACCUCUUCCUGCAGUACAACGUGAUCCGCGAGAUCGCGCCGGGCACCUUCGCGCCCGUGCCCAACCUGCAGCUGCUCUUCCUCAACAACAACCUCCUGCGGGCGCUGCCCGCCAACCUCUUCUCGGGCCUCAGCCUGUACCGCCUCAGCCUGCGGAGCAACCACUUCGCCGCCCUGCCCGUGAGCGGGGUGCUGGACCAGCUGCGCUCCCUGCUGCAGAUCGACCUGCACGAGAACCCCUGGGAGUGCACGUGCGACGCGCUGGGCAUGAAGCUGUGGCUGGAGCAGCUGGGCAGCGGCGUGCUGGUGGAGCCGGUGCUGUGCGAGGCCCCCAAGCGCUUCGCGCAGAGCGACAUGCGGGGCAUCCGCGCCGAGCUGCUGUGCCCCGACUACUCGGACGUGGUGGUGUCCACCCCGACCCCGUCCUCGGCGCGGGGCCCGGCGCGGCCCACCCCCAGCCCCCCUUCCUCCUCCGCCGCCGCCGCCGCCGCCGGCCGCAGCCCCGCCUACAGCGUCAGCACCAUUGAGCCCCGGCAGGAGCUGCUGCCGCCCGGGCCCGACGCCGAGCGCUUCUACCGGGCCGCGGGGGAGCCCGAGAAGCGCCCGCUGGGCGCCCCCGGCACGGCGCUGCCCGACUACCCCAAGUUCCCCGCCGCCUACACCUACUCCCCCGGCUAUGACCUUAGGCGCCCCCACCCCUACUUGCACCCCGCGCCGGGGGACAGCCGGCUGCGGGAGGCGGUGCUCUACAGCCCCCCGAGUACUGUCUAUGUAGAGCCCAACAGGAACGAGUACCUGGAGCUCAAAGCAAAACUACACGCAGAGCCGGACUACCUCGAAGUGCUGGAGAAACAGACCACGUUCAGCCAGUUCUGAGCAGCCCCCACCCCUUACCCCCAGGCACCUCCUCCUCCUCCUCCUCCUGGAGGGUUUGUAUGUAACCACCUUCCACGUGCACACACACACACAGGCUGAGCCCCU